CUUUCACUCGCCGCUACUGUUUGUUUUGUUGUAUCUGUUACUGCCCAUGCCACUUUUCAAGAUCUGUGGAUUAACGGGGUGGACUAUUCUGAGGCUUGCGUGCGCAUGCCCCUGAGUAACUCGCCUGUCACCGAUGUCAGCAGCACUGACCUUACGUGCAACGUGAAUCCUACUCCAAGCUCGGGAAUAUGUCCCGUAAACCCUGGAGAUGCAGUGACUGUCGAAAUGCACCAGCAGCCUGGCGAUCGUUCCUGCUCUACCCAAGCUAUUGGGGGGAACCACUACGGCCCAAUCAAUAUUUAUAUGGCUAAAGUCUCUGAUGCUACUACUGCUGUUGGCUCCAGCGCGGCCUGGUUCAAAGUCUCUGAGAUAGGUCUUCCUUCAGAUGAUCCUGAUUAUUGGGGGACUGAGGUUCUCAAUGACAACUGUGGGCACUAUACCUUCACGGUUCCUCAGAAUAUUGAGCCUGGCAACUAUCUGUUACGUGCUGAAGUCAUUGCUCUUCACGUAGCCAGUUCUGAGGGUGGUGCUCAAUUUUACAUGUCGUGCUAUCAGAUUAACGUUGGGGGCUCUGGAACUGUUUCUCCGCCUACCGUCAAUAUUCCUGGAGCCUACAGCCCGACUGACCCUGGAAUCCUGAUUAAUAUCUAUCAACAGUUAGAUGCAUACACGAUCCCUGGCCCCGCCCCCUACGGCACGACCUCUCCAGCUGUUGCGGCAACCCCUUGGCCCACCACUGCCACUUGGAGCACAGCGCUUCAGCCUUCGACAACAACAACCACGAUGCCU